UCAGAUAAAGGUAUAUUGGCAUUGAUAUAAAAAAUUUUGUCUUUUAAUAGGGCAGCUUGAAGAAUGGCGUUGUUGAUGAAAAUACUGUUCCAGAUGGUUAUGAUUUUGUAUUUCGCCCCAUAUCUGCUAGUGCCAAACUUCAAAUGAAUCGCCGAUCUGAUUUUGACUUUUCUGCCCCCAAGAUAAAACUGGAUGUUGAGUUACAUGACAUAGCGAUUGAAUUUAAUAAACCACAGUAUUUCAGUCUUAUGGAGCUUCUUGAGUCAGUUGAUAUGAUGAGGCAAAAUCUGCCAUAUAGAAAAUUCAGACCUGAUGUACCUGUUUGCAGCCAUGCCAGAGAAUGGUGGGCUUAUGCUAUACAUGGUAUUCUCGAAGUAAAUGUUUGUCCCCGCUUACGGAUGUGGUCAUGGAAGCAUAUUUGCACUCAUAGGCAACAAAUGAAGCAAUACAAAGAACUAUAUAAAAAAAAACUAACAAGCAAGAAGCCACCUGGUGAACUUCUCAGCUUUUUGGAGGAGUUGGAAAGGACCCUGGAUGUAUUUAAUAUAACUAUAGCAAGACAACAGGCGGAAGUUGAGGUAAAGAAAGCUGGAUACAGGAUAUACAGAGAAGGAACAAAAGAUUCAGAGGAAAAUAAAGGAUGGUUUAGCUGGUUAUGGACUUGGUCAGAACCAAAAACUAAUGAACUGCAGCCAGAUGUUAGAACUGGAAGUCUUGAAGAAAUCUUGACACCUGAAGAAAAAUCUUUACUCUAUGAAGCAAUUGGCUAUAGUGAAACAGCAGUUGACCCAACCUUGCCAAAAUCAUUUGAAGCCAUGAAGUUUUACAUGCACUUGAAAAGUAUGUCUAUUGUUCUAAGAGAAGAACAACGAAAACAUGAGCUGUUAAAUAUUGUAGUAGAAGAAUUUAGCACUUGGGUUGUACAAAGACCAGGAGCACAAGCAAUUAAAUUUGAAACCAUAAUUGAUUCGUUUCAUGUUACUGGCCUACCAGACAAUUCAAUAAAACCCCGCCUCUUGUCUUCAUUGGAUAAUGCUACAUCACUUUUCCAGAUUACAUUUGAGACAAAUCCAUUAGAUGAAACUGUUGCUCAGAGGUGUAUCAUAGAAGCUGAACCUUUAGAAAUGAUAUAUGAUGCAAGAACAGUGAAUAGUAUAGUGGAAUUCUUCAGACCUCCAAAAGAGGUAAAUCUAGCACAGCUCACUUCAGCAACUUUGACAAAACUUGAAGAAUUUCGUGAUAAAACAGCAACAGGUCUACUGUAUAUUAUUGAAACACAGAAAGUUCUUGAUCUCAGAAUUAAUUUGAAAGCUUCAUAUGUUAUUAUCCCACAAGAUGGAAUUUUUAGCCCCACAUCAAAUCUGCUUCUUUUGGAUCUUGGUCAUUUACAGGUGACAAGUAAAAGUCGUACAGAAUUAACAGAUAUGAAACAAGGUGAAGCCAGACUUGAAGAGAUAAUGCAUAGAGCUUAUGAUUCCUUUGAUAUUCACCUUACAAGCAUACAGCUGCUUUACAGCAGUGUUGGUGAUAAUUGGAAAGAAGCACGAAAACUCAGUGUAUCUACACAGCAUAUUUUGAUACCUUUGCACUUCAGUAUGGAAUUCUCUAAGGCCUUGGUUUUCAUGGAUAUAAGGAUGCCUAAAUUCAAGAUUUUUGGAAAGUUACCACUGAUUUCUUUGCGAAUCUCAGAUAAAAAACUGCAAGGGAUUUUGGAAUUGAUUGAAAGCAUCCCAAAACCCACACCUGCAACUGAAAUUCAUGCCCCCGUCAAACCAUUUCAGAUUCAAAGGUCCUCUUCUUUGGGAGCAACACAGAUUUCACAGAAAGUGAUUCCUUUCUUGGAACGUACAUAUCUUGAAGAUGAUUCAGAGGAGGAAUUUUAUGAUGCACCGUCUAGUCCUUUGGAAGAACCUUUUCAGUUAACUAGAGUUAAAAGUUAUCAACAACAAAAGAUUAACAAGCCGGAUUGUACAAAAAAUAUCAUUCAGUAUAAAAUAAGAUUUGAAGUGCCAGAGGUAUCUAUUCAGUUUUAUCACCUCAUUGAAAAUUGUGAACUACCUGUGGUAGAAGUUCUUGUCUUAGGAUUGGGCACAGAAGUAGAGCUUAGAACAUAUGAUUUGAAAGCCAAUGCCUUUUUGAAAGAAUUCUGCUUAAAAUGCCCAGAAUACUUGGAUGCAAAUGAAAAGCCAGUUUAUUUGAUUACAACCCUGGACAACGUAAUGGAAGACUUGUUAACACUGGAGUAUGUGAAGGCUGAAAAGAGUGUACCCAACUUGAAAAGUGCCUAUAACAAUGUCGCACAGCUGAUUAAGGUGAAUUUUUCCUCUUUGGAUAUUCAUUUGCAUACUGAAGCACUUCUGAAUACAAUAAACUAUUUUAACAAUUUCCUUCCACAAUUGGAGGAAAAAUCAGCCUCAAUUUAUGUUGCGGAGACUGAAGACAAAGGAGAGGUCAUUAAGAAAAUAUCUUCAAAGCGAUCCAGGAAAGAAGAUAUUAUUACCUUGCAGAUCUUAGCAGAAUUAUCAUGUUUACAGAUCUUUAUCCAAGAUCAGAAACAUAACAUUGCUGAAAUUAAGAUUGAAGGGCUUGAUUCUGAGAUAAUUAUGAGGACUACAGUAACUGAAAUAAAUGCAAAACUAAGGAAUAUAAUUGUUUUGGAUUCUGAUAUAACAGCUGUAUACAAAAAGGCUGUUUAUAUCACUGGAAAAGAAGUUUUCAGCUUCAAAAUCAUUUCUUAUAUGAAUGCGACGGCUGGUCCUGCGUACACAAAUAUGAGUGUGGUUGACAUUCAAGUGAAUUUAACUGUUGGUUGCAUUGAAGUAGUUUUAGUCACAAAAUUUUUAUAUUCUAUAUUGGCUUUUAUAGGUAAUUUUCAAGCAGUUAAAGAAGCCUUGGCUGAAGCAACUGUUCAGGCAGCAGGAAUGGCUGCUACUGGUGUAAAAGAACUGGCACAAAGGAGUUCUAGAUUGGCAUUAGAUGUUAACAUCAAAGCCCCAGUUUUGGUCGUCCCACAGUCUCCAGUUUCUGAAAAUGUUUUUGUUGCUGACUUUGGGCUAAUUACAAUGACCAAUACAUUCCAUAUGAUAACAGAGAGCCAGAGCAAUCCCCCACCCGUUAUUGAUUUGAUUACCAUAAAGCUGAGUGAAAUGAGACUAUACAGGUCUCAAUAUAUUAAUGAUGCAUACCGGGAAGUACUGGAUAUAUUACUGCCAUUAAAUCUCGAGGUGAUUGUUGAGCGAAAUUUAGCCUGGGAGUGGUACCAGGAAGUUCCUUUUUUAAAUAUAAAUGCUCAACUAAAGCCCAUGGAGUUCAUUCUUAGUCAAGAAGAUAUAACAACUAUCUUCAAAACAUUAUAUGGUAAUAUAUGGAAUGAAAGAGGUGAUAGUGCCUCACUAGCAGGACCGAAAGAUCAGAGUAGUGGUGUUAAUAAUGCUUCACAUCAUUCAGGAGGAACAACUGUAGUGACAGCUGCUGUGGUAGAAAUAUAUUCACGUGCCUCUCAAGUUAAGACAACACUAAAUAUGAGUUUCAAAACUGAUUAUCUCACCAUGGUACUAUAUAGUCCAAGUCCUGAACAGACUUCCUUUAAAGACAUUCGAGAUCCUUCUCUGGCACUUGCUGAAUUUAAGUUGGAGAAUAUAAUAAGUACUUUAAAAAUGUAUACAGAUGACUCAACAUUUUCUUCCUUUUCAUUAAAAAACUGCAUUUUAGAUGAUAAAAGGCCUCAUGUCAAGAAGGCAACUCCUAGAAUGAUAGGACUGACAGUUGGAUUUGACCAAAAGGACAUGAUGGAUGUAAAGUAUAAGAAAGUCAGAGAUGGUUGGGUGACUGAUUUAGUCGUUCAGGAAACAUAUAUCUGUGCAAGUGUGGAAUUUCUACUGACAGUUGUAAAUGUCUUUCUUGAGGCCUACACCACAGGCACUGCUGUAGAAACCAAUGUUCAAGCAUGGACUACUAAGGAAGAAGUACCUACACAGGUACAAGAAAAGUGGGAAAUUAAUAUUCUUAUUAAAAAUCCUGAAAUUGUUUUUGUGGCUGAUAUGACGAGAAAUGAUGCGCCUGCCUUAGUCAUUACAACACAAUGUGAAAUUUGUUGGAAGGGUGACCUUGAACACAAUACAAUGACUGCUGCUAUUAAAGAUCUCGAACUGAGAGCAUGCCCAUUUCUUCCAGUCAAGAGAAAAGACAGAAUCACUACUGUUUUACAGCCCUGUGACUUGUUCUAUCAAGCUACUCAGAUAGGUGGAGAUCCACAGGUGAUUGAUAUAUCAGUAAAAUCUCUGACACUAAAGGUUUCACCAGUUAUCAUAAAUACUGUGAUUACCAUAACUUCAGCACUUUAUGCAACUAAGGAAACCAUCCCACAAGAAACUGCUUCUUCUACAGCACAUUUAUGGGAAAAGAAGGAUACGAAGACUUUAAAAAUGUGGUUUCUUGAAGAACCAGAUGAAGUUAAAAACAUAGCUCCCACAACUGAAUUGGUACCCCAAGGAGAGAGAAUAAAAAUGAACAUCGAUUCUAUUUUUGUAGUUCUUGAGGCUGGAGUUGGUCAUAGAACAGUGCCUAUGCUUUUGGCAAAAUCACGUUUUUCAGGGGAAGGCAAAAACUGGAGUUCCCUCAUAAAUCUCCACUGUCAGCUUGAGUUAGAAGUGCAUUAUUACAAUGAAAUGUUUGGUGUAUGGGAACCUUUGCUUGAACCCUUAGAAAUUGAUCAGACUGAGGAUUUUAGACCAUGGAAUCUUGGGAUCAAGAUGAAAAAGAAAGCAAAACAGGCCAUUGUUGAGUCAGAUACUGAAGAAGAUUACAGAGUGCCAGAAUAUAAAACUGUCAUCAGUUUCUAUUCAAAAGACCAGCUAAACAUUACAUUAUCCAAAUGUGGUCUUGUAAUGUUAAAUAAUUUAGCCAAGGCAUUUACAGAAGCUGCUACUGGAUCUUCAGCUGUCUUCAUAAGGGAUCUAGCGCCAUUUAUGAUUUUGAAUUCUCUUGGACUUACCAUCUCUGUCUCACCAAGUGAUUCUUUCAGUGUGCUCAAUGUUCCAAUAGCAAAAUCAUAUGUAUUGAAAAAUGAGGAAAGUUUAAGUAUGGAUUAUGUCCGAACAAAAGACAAUGAUCAUUUCAAUGCAAUGACCAGCCUAAGCAGCAAACUUUUCUUCAUUCUCCUUACACCUGAUAACCACUCUGCUGCUGAUAAAAUUCCUUUAACAAAAGUGGGACGACGACUGUACACUGUAAGACACAGAGAAUCUGGAGUUGAAAGAUCUAUUGUUUGUCAAAUUGAUGCAGUGGAAGGAAAUAAGAAGGUAACAGUUCGCUCCCCAGUGCAGAUUAGAAAUCAUUUUUCAAUCCCACUUUAUGUUUAUGAAGGGUAUACUUUAUUGGGAAUGGCUUCACCUGGAAAUGAAUUUAACAUACCAUUAGCAUCUUACCGAUCACUCCUUUCUCUGAAGCCAGAAGACGAGGAAUAUCAAAUGUGUGAAGCAAUUGACUUCGAAGAGAUUAUAAAAAAUGAAGGCACUUUUCUAAAGAAGAAAUGUAACCCUAUAAACCCUUCUAUGAAACCAUUUAUUAUUAAUAUUGUCCCAGAAAAAGAUAAUUUGACAUCCCUGUCAGUAUACUCAGAAGAUGGUUGGGACUUACCAUACAUAAUACAUUUGUGGCCACCUAUCCUACUCCGAAAUCUUCUUCCUUACAAAAUGGCUUAUUAUAUAGAGGGGGAUGAAUAUAGAGUUUUCACUCUAAAUGAAGGAUCUUCGGCCCAUAUUUGUACUGUAAAAUUGGAUAAAGCCAAGCUACAUUUAAAAUUACUUGACUAUCUUAAUCAUGAUUGGAAAAGUGAAUAUCAUAUAAAACCUAAUCAACAAGAUAUUAGUUUCAUCAGUUUUACCUGUGUAACGGAAAUAGAAAAGACUGAGUUAGAUAUUGCUAUCCAUGUGACUUAUAAUCCUGGCCAGACAGUUGUGGCAUUUCAUAGUCCUUAUUGGAUGGUCAAUAAAACUGGUCGAAUGUUACAAUAUAAAGCUGAUGGAAUUCAUCGAAAGCAUCCACCUAAUUAUAAAAUGCCAGUUCUCUUUUCUUUUCAACCAAAGCACUUUUUUAAUAACAAUAAGGUUCAGCUUAUGGUAACUGAUAGUGAAUUGUCAGAUCAGUUUUCAAUUGAUACUGUUGGUAGUCAUGGAGCUGUUAAAUGUAAAGGCCUGAAAAUGGAAUAUCAAGUUGGUGUCACUAUAGACCUCAGCAGUUUUAACAUUACCAGAAUUGUGACAUUUACCCCUUUUUAUGUGAUCGAAAACAAAAGCAAGUGUCGUAUUUUAGUGGCUGAAGAGGGAAAUGAUAAAUGGCUCUCUCUUGAUUUGGAGCAGUGUAUCCCCUUUUGGCCUCAGGAUGCUUCAAACAAACUUCUUAUUCAAGUUGAAAGAAGUGAAGGCCCUCCCAAAAAGAUACAUUUGAACAAGCAAGAAAAUUGUAUUUUAUUGCGUCUGGAUAAUGAGCUGGGAGGUAUUAUAGCAGAAGUUAAUUUGGCAGAGCAUUCUACAGUUAUUACAUUUUCAGAUUAUCAUGAUGGAGCAGCUACAUUCCUGUUAAUAAAUCACACCAAGAAUGACAUUAUUGAAUAUAAGCAAAGUUCUCUCAGUGAAAUAGAAGAUUCUCUCCCUCCUGGAAAAGCAGUACUUUAUACCUGGGCCGAUCCAGUGGGCUCUCGGAAGCUGAAGUGGAGCUGUGGAAAGAACCAGGGGGAAGUGACGCAGAAGGAUGAUAUGAUGACAGCUAUAAAUUUGGGGAAAAAGACUGUUUAUUUAGUUUCAUUCUUUGAAGGCUUACAACGCAUUAUUUUAUUCACUGAAGAUCCAAAGGUAUUUAAAGUGACAUAUGAAAAUGAGAAAGCAGAAUUAGCAGAGCAAGAAAUUGUGUUGGCAUUACAAGAUGUUGGACUUUCUCUCGUCAACAAUUACACAAAGCAAGAAGUAGCCUAUAUUGGCAUUACAAGUUCUGAUGUGGUUUGGGAGACAAAGCCUAAGAAGAAGGCAAGAUGGAAGCCAAUGAGUGUAAAGCACACCGAGAAGUUAGAGAAAGAAUUUAAAGAAUAUACUGAAUCUUCACCUGCAGAAGAUAAGGUUAUCGAGUUGGACACUAACAUUCCGGUUUGCUUUACACCUAGUGGCACUAACAUGAAAAUUCUGCAACCACAUGUAAUAGCUAUACGAAGGAAUUAUCUGCCAGCAUUAAAAGUGGAAUAUAACACAUCUGCACAUCAAUCAUCAGUUAGAAUUCAAAUUUACAGAAUACAGAUCCAAAACCAGAUACAUGGUGCUGUAUUUCCAUUUGUAUUUUAUCCUGUUAAACCUCCCAAGUCAGUCACCAUGGAUUCAGCACCAAAGCCUUUUACAGAUGUCAGUAUUGUCAUGAGAUCUGCAGGGCAUUCCCAGAUAUCACGUAUUAAGUACUUCAAAGUGUUGAUCCAAGAAAUGGAUCUCAGGUUAGAUCUUGGGUUUGUCUAUGCUUUAGCAGAACUUAUGACAGAAGCUGAAGUAACUGAAAAAACAGAGGUUGAACUUUUUCAAAAAGAUAUAGAAGUUUUCCAAGAAGAAUAUAAAAGAGAGUCAUUAGUAGACUCAUCACAAGUCAGCCUCUAUGAGUACUUUCAUAUAUCUCCUAUCAAGUUGCAUUUAAGCGUUUCACUGAGUUCGGGUAAAGAAGCAGCUAAAGAUUCAGAACAUCAUGAAGGAUUGAUUGCAAUUCAUUCUUUAAAUCUUUUGCUGAAGAGUAUUGGUGCCACCCUUACAGAUGUACAAGAUGUAGUUUUUAAGCUUGCAUUUUUUGAACUCAACUAUCAGUUUCAUACAACAUCUGAACUGCAGUCUGAAGUAGUAAGACACUAUUCAAAACAGGCCAUUAAGCAGAUGUAUGUACUCAUUCUUGGACUUGAAGUUUUGGGAAAUCCCUUUGGCUUGAUUAGAGAAUUUUCUGAAGGCGUAGAAGCAUUUUUCUAUGAACCUUACCAGGGAGCCAUUCAGGGUCCUGAAGAGUUUGUGGAGGGAAUGGCACUAGGACUGAAGGCAUUAGUUGGAGGAGCUGUUGGUGGAUUAGCUGGUGCUGCCUCCAGAAUCACCAGUGCUAUGGCUAAAGGUGUGGCAGCUAUAACUAUGGAUGAAGACUACCAGCAGAAGAGGAGAGAGGCCAUGAAUAAGCAACCAGCUGGCCUCAGAGAAGGCAUCACUCGUGGAGGAAAAGGCUUAGUUUCUGGUUUUGUAAGUGGCAUAACAGGAAUUGUUACAAAACCAAUCAAAGGAGCUCAAAAAGAAGGAGCAAGCGGUUUCUUUAAAGGUGUCGGGAAAGGCUUAGUUGGAGCAGUGGCAAGACCAACUGGAGGCAUCAUAGACAUGGCUAGCAGCACGUUUCAGGGGAUAAAAAGGGCCACAGAGUCUUCUGAUGAAGUGGAGAGCCUGCGACCCCCUCGGUUCUUUAAUGAAGAUGGAGUUAUCAGACCUUACAGGUUGAGGGAUGGUACUGGAAAUCAAAUGUUACAGGUCAUGGAAAAUGGAAGAUUUGCAAAAUGCAAAUAUUUCACCCAUGUCAUGAUCAAUAAAACAGAUAUGUUAAUGAUAACCAAAAGUGGUGUAUUGUUUGUAACAAAAGGAACAUUUGGACAGCUUACAUGUGAGUGGCAGUACAAUUUUGAUGAAUUUACCAAAGAGCCAUUCAUUGUUCAUGGGAGAAGAUUGCGCAUUGAAGCAAAGGAACGGGUGAAGUCUGUAUUCCAUGCCAAAGAGUUUGGAAAAAUAAUUAACUUCAAGACCCCAGAGGAUGCUAAGUGGAUCCUCACAAAGCUAGAAGAAGCCAGAGAACCUUCCCCGAGCCUCUGAUGGAGGGAACACUGCCGGAAGACACAGUGAUUAAUCGUCGCAGCUUCCACCUCGGACCUUCCAGAACCUGUUGGGGAAGAAUAGUACGGAAGUAAUUUCAAGUGCGAAUAUAUGUAUAUAUGUAUCAGUUAGAAUCAGGUAAAACAGCUAUUGAUUAAAAUAUUUCAACUCUUUGGGGCUCCAUCUGGUUUUCUAACUUGAAUCAUGCAUCGGGUUAAAAUUCUAAUGAUUUUAAAAGAGAAACGUUUCUUUUAUAAGUCUUAAAUAUUUGCUCCAGGUGAUUUCUGCAGUGGUGGAGAUAUUGCCCAUGUUUAGCUUUCAUAUGGAGCGAGGUUUGAUGUUCCUAAUUUACACUUUGAACUUCUCUCGUGCUCACUUCCAACUCCCUGAAUAAGUGAUGGGAGUGAUCAAUCAGUGGUCAAAUCAAACAUUGCCUCCGUGGUAUCAAGAGAAUUUUAGUGGUGAUUUCUUUAGAAACAUGAAGUUCUUUUUACAGAAAUAUUUUGAUAUUAUUUUCCUUAUUUUUAUAAAGGAUAGGUUUGAACUAUACUUCAAAUGCACAGCAUGAAUAUAAAAAACAAUCUUUUUAUAUAUAAUAUAAUAGAGAUUGAACAAUACCCUUUCAAGCCUCAUCGUAAGAAAGGCUUGAAGAGUGAGUGUUUGUACCCCAAAGGAGAGAGCCCGUCUCAGAACUCUGAAGCCUUAGCAAUAGCUCCUCAGGCCGUCUCCAUGGCAUCUACUUGGCUUAACCAGCCCAUGUUUUUAAUAGAUUGCCAACUUUAAAGGGAAAUUCCUGAAGCCUUAGCAAUACCAACUUUCCACUCACUGGUAAUAUGAAAUAAACAAAACCUCCACCUUCUUCAAUAGGAGUUAUGCUUCAGAGCAGAGAGCCCCUCUCACAGCCAGUGUCUCUACCCCAAAGUCUAACCCAGUAGCCUGUCCUGUUGGUAACAGAUUGAGAAUUUCCAGUUUGCUUUUUCUACAGUUAUUCAAAUGAGAAUCAUUCUCUUAAAUGUAAAGUGCAUCAGAACAGAAAUCAUUAGUAAAAAUAAGACCAUGGGUUUUUUUCCUUGGUUUUUUGUUCAGAAACCUUAAUAUUCAUGGGCUUUCUCAAGUGAAAGGAGACGAGUGUAUGACUGAGAACCGUGAAGGGAAUGAAGCAGUGUCUUAGGUAUUAAAUAAUACAGAGUAUUUGAUGCAUGUUGUAUGUGCCAUGAAAUUGUUAUAAACUCUUUUUGGGAUUGGAGACUGUAUAAUAAAUGGUUGUGAAAGGGUUCCUCAAACCCUUGCUUUGUUGUAAAAGCUAAAAUAAACAGCAUGCCAGACUGUAAUUAUGUUUCUUCCUGACCAAAUCCUGCUACUCAAUACUAUUGAUUGUCCUUUGAUUAUAAAAACACAUUGUUUAUUAUCAGUCGUUUCCCCCAAAAUGUUGUGUUUUUUUGCUGAACAUAAAUUGAAUCGAAAGAAGACAGAUUCCAAAUCACAUGAUCCUGUGUGCUCCCUUCGUGACCUUUGCUCAGAGGAUCACAUUUUCUCUGUUGCUGAGCACUUCCAGCGUUACCUGCAUUGGAGUGAAACCUAGAAGCAGAGGUAGACAGACAACUCAGCAGGGUGCCCUUGUCCAAAAUGUUGCUUUACUGGAGUCCCAUUCAGUACCACUGGCCGUUAAGGACCUCAUUACCUACUCCAGUUUCAUUUUAUUCUCAGAAAAAAAUACAGGCCCGUGACUCCGUGGGUGUCCCCUGGCAAAGGGCAAAAGCCUGAAGGAUGGCAGAGAGAUUGUUCUGGUGCCCCCUGGAGCCAGCAGCAGUGGGUGUUUUAACUGCUACGCAGGCAGAGCUCCUGUGCCUCUCCUUCCUCUUCCCUCACCAAUAAGAACCUAGAAAUGUCUAUUCUUAUUUUUUCUCUACCAUUCAUCUACCUGUCAAUACCUCUUGCCACUUCUUCUGUUUCUUAAGUAGAAAGACCCAGAAUGUCAAGAGCAGUAGUUUUUCAGUUGUCUUAGAAGAUUGUCUUCGAGACAGUAGAUCAGACGCAUCAGUCUUUUUAGGGUUUUGAACACUUUGCAAUUAUGUAUUCGAUUCUGUGUUCUUUCUUCUUAAAUAUUAUCGAGGCUGUAAUCUUCUUAAUUUGAAAGCAGUCUGCCCUGAAUUCUGUUUUACUACAUUUAAUGGCUUUCUGUUUGAGAACUUUAAGCUUGUUUGGUAGUUGCUAUGGAACGAGGUCCUGAGUAUUACGUCAUUUCUUUCUUUGUAUUACUUGUUAGCUAUAUAUUCUGGCUCAUGAGUGUUGUGCGAAACCCAAGGCAGUGUGUCUGUUUCUUGCCAGCUCUCCUCCAGAAAGCUAUGGUCAUUAGUAACAGCAACUUGGAUUUCUGGUAUAAAAAGAAGCUUGUGAUUUCCUCACCUUUGCAAAAUACUCUCCGAACCGAAGAACAUGUGCCCUUCUCCAAAGGCUCCCCCAUUUCAGUGUGUGUAUCAGUUGCUGCUUCCUGAGCGUCAGCAAGACUGUGGGGUUUUUCUCAUCCUAAGUUUAGCACAACUGAGUUAUUUUCUGGUCCCUAAAUAAUCAUUACCAGCUGCAUGCAGUCCCUCCCUGUCCCUCUCUCCCCCACAGUCCUAGUCCAUUCCAACUAUCCUGUGGCCUCAAGUAAGAAAAUUUUCUUAACUUUUUCUAUUAUAAUUGUUUCUCUUUUUUUCUAAUGGAAGUAGCAGUAAUAUUAUCUCCAUGAAUAUGUAUGUAUCUAUGGAAAUAUCCUAUAAAUAGUAUUCUAUUUCUAUCUGGUUAAAAGACUGUGCUUCAAACUGUAAGUCUGAAUCCAUUAGUAGUCCAUGAAAUCAGUUUAACAGUUCAAGACCUAGUAUAUUUUAAAAAUGGGAUAGAAAAGAAAAUAAGAGCAGUGCAGUAUCAAGACCAAACAUUGUUUCCUGAAAUAUUGUUUCAGUUAAAUACUCUAUACUGUGUGUACUGGGUCACAAUAUAAAAUCGUAUUUCCUAUUGUGAAUUGCAGUUUAGAAAAAAGCAAAACUGAAAACCUUGGAAGCCAUUGCUGUAGGAGGCGUGGGCCCGCCAGUGAUCGUUGGAACAUUCGGAUUGUGUAGCGUCUGACCUUAGAUGGGGCGGGAGACCCACCGCCCAGGGAGUCUGCGGGUGUGAGCACGUCUUUUUCGCGAGAGUGAGAAGACAGGGUAGCUGUUGUUAUGGUUUAUAAAGUGUUUUCCUUCGCGGCGGGUAUCAGGACCCACUAAAAUCAGGCAUCAGUGGGACCAGAAAAGGCAUAGAAAAGUUCAGUUCACAGACAGCACCCAAAAAAGGCCACAGGAUAGCAUUUAACUUGAUGUGUUUCAACCUCUUUCCCACUAAGCAUUUUACUAGGAUUGGGGACAGAAGUUCUUUUAAGUAAGCUGAGUUUGCUUCAUCUGCCUUCUGUCUGAGUCAUCACACAGGUAGCUGAGGCUCUUAAAAAUGGGGAGCUUAUGCACAGGGUAUAUUCUUGUGGGGCCAAAACAUUGAUUCACUGGAGGGUGCUAUAAAAAUGCCAAUGCAGUUUAGCUGAAGAUCAUUUUAUUUCCUCAUUUCUGUAGGAUUCAAGUAGAAAUGUAGAUAACUUGCAUUCCUUAUGCAACGUUCAAAACGAAAGAUACUAAAUCUGAUUUUCUUCGGUGCUACCCUGUUAUCACUGAUAGCUCCCUUACAUACUCUCCAGGGAACCGUUCACCCUCCUGCUCAAGCCUUUGAAAUGAUCCCUUCCCGCUAAUGGUAACCUAAUCAAAUUAAUUAGUUAAACUUUUUACGAUUCUUGUUUAUAUUUUUUAUAAUUGGCCAAUACAGCUAUGGGCGCAGACUUUCCCCCCACACUUUCCUUUCUGCCACUGCUGGCGUAAAGCAGUACAGGCUUCAGGGCCGUGCUGAAAGCAGGUCAGCCCGUGUGCUGAGAAGAUGCUGGAACUUACGUGCGUGUUGCUCGCUCUUGAGUCCGCUCUGACUCCCGGUGACUCUAUGAGUGAGUGAUGGCCACAGUGUCCUGUCCUCAGCAGCCCUGCUCAGCUCGGGAAGGCUCCCGCCUGGGGCUUCCUGGAGGAGUCAACCCACCUCACAUCUGCUCAUUUCCUGCUGCCUUUCUUUCCCCAGCAUCAUCUUUCCAAAGAACCCUGCCUUCUCGUGAUGUGCCCAAAGUAGGACAGUCUUACUGUACUACCAACCUCCUUCAUGUUUCUUUACUUGAAACCUUUUUUACUUUAUUUCCUCCUUUUGUAAAAAAAAAAAAAAAAAAAUUAUCGUAUUUUAAAGUCUUACUUUAGAAUUACAGAUUAGUUCUUUUUUAAAAGUAUUUCAUUUAAAAAAAUAAAUAAUUUUGGUUACCCAAAGAGCUACGUGAGAAGUGUAACUUCCACUUUUAUAGUCUAUAUGAGUAUACUUAAAAUUUUUUUACUAUAUACAAAUACACACUGAUUUGCAGUAUAGUUUAACGCCUGCUAUGAUAGACAUCUUCCAACCUGAACAUCCCUGUCGCUGAACACCAUUCAUUUAGUAUUGCCGAUACCUUAGUAAUGCGUUUCUCCUGUGGUGUCCUUGUAACAAGAACCCCUGUGAGAGUGGUAUAAUGUCUAAUAAUCAGAACUGUACUUAAAAUAGAACAUGUUGGAAAACCCCAACAUUUUUUAUUAUGUUCUCAUACCACCAGCAUGCCAUUGGCUACCCAAAAGUUACCGACUUAGGGACUGAAAACCAUCAAGUGAAAGUGCAGAUUACAUUGAAAUGUUCUCAAUGAUAAUCAUUUCAUAGCCACCCUCACAAACUGCUAGAAAUUGUGUCUGGGGCUUGUUGCAAGGUCAGAUAGAUUGUCACUUUUAAAAAUGAUCGUCUCUGUAUGUGAAUAUGUAUAGUACAUAUAAAAAUGAAUUUUUCAGGGAAUGUGCACUUUAAAAAUACUUUACUGGUUUUUGUAUUGACCAAAUAGUGCUUCUUUGGAAUGCUUAUUCUUUGGUAAAAAUAUGGCCUUUGAUGAUAAUUAGUUUUUUAAAUAUCUAUUUCUGUAUCACUGCAAUAUUUCUCUACCUUUGUGUUCCUUAUCUCUUUAAUGUGGGCUCCUGGCCCAGCUGCCUGUUGCAUAGCCUCUGCAUUGCUUCUGUGUAUUCUGAUAAGAUAAUUUAUAAACACAAAUGUUUAGAGUGAAGUUCUUCCUCCUGAAAUUCACUUUAGUCUUUUUCCCCCCCUGAAAAUUGGUUGGCUAUGCUCACUGAUAACUUUUCUAAACAAUAAUUAUUUCUUGCUCUUUAUUGGUAGAAUUAAAUUGCUUGGUCAUAUGAUUGCCCAGUUUAAUUAUGUAUAUCUUUUUCAAAUAAAUUAAGUCAAAUAAAGA